AUGAUUGAAUGUUUAUGUAUCAUAGAGAAGGAUAACUUCCCAGCAUUGCUGAGAGUCUACUCAGGAGGGAAAGACCUGAACAAGUAUCACUACAUGUGUUAUUGUGCCAUAGACAUCUUCGAGGAGAAGGAGCAAGCGGCGCGCGCAGGAGGGGUUGGUAAACAGGUGGAUUCGUACCUCGGUACGCUGUAUCCUGCUCAGGAGCACAAAAUCCAUGGCUACAUAACAAACACGGGGGUGAGAAUGGUGAUGAUACUGGACGAGAAAGAUGGCAAGGAUGGGAGCUUGGUCAAGGCAUUCUUCAAGAAGCUGCACAGCUUACAUGCUGAAUGUGUUUCGAAUCCUUUUCACCGGGAUGGUCAGCCGAUCGUUUCCAAGAAGCUGGAAAGAGAUCUAGAGGCCCUUGUACGCCUAUGGAACUCUGACGCGUUCUCACUGAGAUGA